UUUCUUUUCACGAUCCGACGGCGUCGUACGGUCGUGUAGUCGGCAGUCGCCUAGUCUAGUUCUCUAGUAGUCUCGUCAGUCGUCACCACCGUCGUUCAACGCASACUCGAGAACGCGUAUUUUUUAUUAUUACUUUGUUUUUUUGUUAUUAUUAUAUUUCUACGUUUCUCUCGUCGAGUGUUGUUCGCGUCCUUUGUGUCCGCCGCCGCCGCCCAUGCAGUGUCACUCCUCCGCCAUGGCGUCCGAUUCGCGUCUGUGAUAUUCGACGUCAUCGGAUUUUGCGUUCUCGUUCGUAAAAUAAUAACCAUCUAUUAUAAUUUAUUAAUAAUAAAUACACUCUUGCAUUUACACUCAAACUYCUAUACCCUGUCCAUAUAAUAUACUAYAGAUUAAUUAUUAUUUGUGUUUGAUAUUAUCGUAAUAUUAAAACCUAACGAGACACAAUGGAAGGCAGUAGUAGCAGCAGUAGCAACAACGACGCGGGUGAGCCGAAAUCGGGGUGCUGCACCGCCGCGGUGGACAACAACAACGACGUCGUAACCGCCGCGGCCGCGGCUGCAGCGGCCAAAGUGGCGAGAAGAGCGGCCGCUGUUGUGGCGGCUAAACGAGCGGCGAAAUCUCGUACCUUAGAUAUGGAAAACAAGCAGUACCUUGAUUUACAGGCCGAGAUUGAAAGGCGGAAGACCUGGGGGACGACAGGCGACAACUACCAGCCGGGCCCAAGCGGUACAAGCGAAGACAGCGGCAACUUCGACAAARACCCCGAAGGAAGGAUCUUCGCUGCCGCCGUCCAGGCCGUCAUGGCCAAUCGUGCAGUAAGGGAGUCUGAGAUCACGAUCACCGUCUCGCCGACUACCGGCGGCCAGUUCGAUCUGGACGUGCUCAAGACCGAUUCGGUAGAAAGUCUGAAGAAAAUGAUCUCCAAACGGUUGAGAGUGCCCAAAGAGCGGAUAUGCCUGUUGUACCGCGAAAGGCAACUAAGAGAUGGCUCGUUGGACGACAACCAGUUGAUGCAAGGAAGCCGCCUCACCCUUUUGCCCAGCGUGGAAACCGGUCUUCUGGUUCAGAGACCAGAACAAAGUGUGAUGCAGGCAUUGGAAAGUUUGAACGACUCUCAGGUCAACGAUUUCCUAUCGGGAAAAGCACCAUUAAAUCUCACGAUGAGACUUGGCGAUCACAUGAUGCUCAUCCAGCUACAACUAUCUACUGUAUCGUCGUCAGGUUCGUCGAAACGACUCCAGACCGCCGCCUCGACUGUGGCUAGUACCGGUGCAACAGCGUCCACGCUGAACACAUCGUCUGUGGCACCCGAACCACCCCAGGCCACCGCGACGGCGGCCACCGCGUGUUCUGCCGGCAACAUCAUCGGCACCCCUAGACUGAUUCCCGGUGUGGACGCUUAUCCAAUCACUCGCGUCCGUAACGUAUCCGACGACAGCGAUGAAAACUCGAUGGACACGACCGAAGACGUGUCACCUCCUGCCCCGUCACCGAUAGUCGCCGCGGCUGCAGCAGCAGCAGCAGCAGCCGCCGCCGCCGCUGCAGCCGCCGCAGCCGCAGCCGCAGCAGCAGCAGCAGCCGCAGCCGCAGUACCCACUCCCGCACCAGCGUCGACGCCUUGUUCGUGCGACGCGAGCACGUCGACCGCAACCCCCAAUACAGCCACGACUACGACCACGACUACGGGAGACAAACCGCAACUGGACACCCGAGCGCUCGCCGAGGCUUCGAGGAACCUCACCCAGACCUUAAAACAAUUGUCUUCGGAAGUCCUCACCACGAAAAGCGGUUCCAAAGAGAUGCACAUUGGGUUCAAACGAAGACCAGGUGCUAUAAUCGAGAGUAUGCAACAUCACGGCAAAGGAGUUUAUUCUSGAACAUUUUCUGGAACCUUAAAUCCAGCCUUGCAAGAUCGUUUCGGUCGUCCAAAACGUGACAUAAGUACAAUUAUUCAUAUACUUAAUGAUUUACUAUGCGCUACACCACAGUACAGAGCCGCUGCUAGAUCAGGCACACCAGCUGUCUGCACAGCCACUACACUUUCUCCUACUGCUGCAGCUGCUCAAGCUGCUACACCAUUUUCUCCCACAAAUAGUAUGUCUGCUCAAACGUCUGCAAAUUCUGAUAAUACCGAGAGCGAGACCAAAGAAAAUGCAGCUACUCGUGGAAAAAUGGAACGCCUACGUUUGAUUAUGGAAGAGAAACGUGAAAGACGUAGGGCUGGACGCAACGUGCCUUAUGAUAAAACUAAAGCAGGAACACAGUGGUCUGCAAAGUCAGAAACACAGAAUGUUGCUCCAUCAGAUCCUCCAGCAGACCCAACAUUACCUCCUGAACAAGUUGUUGUUUGAAAAACAACUCUCGAGGACAUGAAUAAAAUGUGAUAUAAUAAUUAUCCCCACCACUGUUUUAAUUUUUUUUAAAUAUGUAUGUUAUAUAUUUAUAUAUAAUAACAUAUAAUAUAUAUUUAUAUAUAUUAAUACAUAUACAUUAUGAAAAUAGAUUUAUCAACAAAUAUGGUCAGUUAUAUUUUAGGGUGCAAUAUUAAUAUUGUUUAAUUAUACAGAUAGAACCUUCUUAAAAUAUAAUAGAAUCGUCACUUAAUCUGUAUCAGACAAUUUUUUUUUAACUUAUACAAAAUUUAAAAAAAAACUAUGAACAGUUAAUAGACAAAUACAAAACCAAUCGUCCAUAACUUUAUUUGUAAAGAAACUGUAUAGUCUAAUGUUUAUAUUUAUAAAUACCUAAUUUGUUUUAAGUGAUUUUUUGUUCUAGGAAGUUUAAAUAUCAAAUUAUAAGAAAAAAAUUAUUGCGAUUUAUUACCUCAACUUUCGUGAAUAUAAAAAUUUGUAGAUGUUUUUAGAAUUUAAAAUAGGUACUAAAUUUUGUCUCAUCAAGUUUUAAUGACAUAUUUUAAAUGUGUACAUAUUAUUAUAAAUCACGCGUGUCUGGUUAUUAGUAUUCGUACGGUUAAUGAGAAAUUGAUAAAAAAAAAAGAAAAAACUAAAAAAAUCUAAAAAAAAUGCUUAAAGAUUGAAUAUUUAUUAGGGUAAUUAUGUAUGAGGAAAGUAAUAUUUAAGUUUUGUUUGACCAAUAGGGGUUUUUUAUUCACAUAUACAUAAUAAAUUCGUGAAAAAAUAUUAUUAUUAUUCAAAACAAAAUUUUUUUUUCUGUUAAUUUGUA